AUGGGGCACAGCUCCGUCACAUCCAUGUCAUGGCUUCUCAAGUCUCCCAACCCCAGCAGUGAGUCUGAGCUGGAACCGGAACUGCACCAAGACACGGUCUGUUAUAACGACUCUACGUGUAUCGCCCAAGGAGCAUCUAGACUGAACAUACAGAUACCUGUGGAAUGGAACAACCACCACCUGUGCUGCCGCAUGCAAGACAUUCUACAGACUGAUUCCAUCGCCAUGGAAACCUGCCAGACACUGACCGUGUUGCCGCUGCUAGAGGUGACACAGGGUCUCCUGGCAACCAUCGGUGAGUCCGUGAACAUCACGUGCACCAUCAGAGACAUGAACGUCACGGAAGUGACGUUUCUCUCGGGAGGCGAGGUCUUGUUGACCUUUGACAUCACCAACUCCAGCAUCGUUUCCAACCGAACGAACGUGACCAUGUACGUCAACAGGAGUGACGUCACGGAGUGGCAGGCCAUCCUCAGUCUCAGCAACGUGGAGUGUUCUGAUGGAGGGAGCUACACCUGUCGUGUUGCUCGGGGCAACGACAGUAACAACAACGCCUCGACAACACUUCGAGUGCGACGUCCUCCACACACUCCAAGCCUAACUAUUCCUCCGAUAGCAGAGACACACACGAUUCAGAAGCCCACCUGUAGAGCAGGUAACCUCGGCUAUAACAGUGCCAUGAGCUUCAGGUGGACCUUAAGGCCACAGAGUGGAACAGAGACAACAUUUGAUACUUCACGGCAUACACAGGAGAUAAAGGAGGACAAACAGUCCUGCAUCACCUCUGGCAACUCUUCGCUUGAUGGCCAACGGUACCGUGAAGACUUCUGGAACAACAGUCGGCUUUGUUGUCAGCUUGUUGAUCCCCAGACUGGCCAGGUGGUGACCCAGGCUUGUGCACAGGUGUAUACUAUACCAGGUAAGACCUGUGCUUCGUCUCAUCUACUCACAGUUAUAAGUUUGUCCAUAAGAUACAUGCUGUGUCCUGCUGCCUCUUCCAUUUUGAUUAACCUUAACUUUUCAUUUUUUUUUUCAGCCGACUUUUGCUCGUCGGGCACAAAUCCGCUUCGCUACUAUCCCUAUGAACCCUGCAACACUUAUGUUCACUGUGACUGGGAACCGGGGUGGUUUUCUUCAACUAUUGCAACAACGGACUCUGCUUUAACCCGGUGA